AUGCUUCCCCUUACUCAAAAAGACACUAGGGUCUCGCGAGGUUCUGUGGGUGGACUUCGUGAAAAAUUUCAAAAUUGGCUUCGACUAAUAUUCGCAGAUAAAAAUUCAAAGAAUUUGUUUCUGUUUCUAUUACUUAACUUAUCUUUUGCAUUUGUGGAGUUGUUUUAUGGUGUAUGGUCGAACAGUUUGGGUUUGAUUUCUGAUGCAUUCCAUAUGUUCUUUGAUUGCACUGGUCUGGUGGCCGGACUUGCUGCAUCAUUAGUAUCCAAAUGGCGAGCCAAUGAACGCUACUCAUAUGGCUAUGCGAGAGCUGAAGUGCUUGCCGGCUUUGUCAAUGGACUGUUUCUUUUGUUUAUUUCAUUUUUCAUAUUAAAAGAAGCCGUUGAAAGGGCCAUUGAACCCCCAGAGGUGAAACAUGAACGUCUGCUCGUGGUGUCCGUAUUGGGUUUCCUUGUCAAUCUAAUCGGUAUAUAUGCCUUUCAUCACGGGCAUGGACACGGCCACGGUGGCCAUGGUCAUUCGCAUGGUGGCCACGGGCAUUCGCAUAACCACAACCACGGACAUUCGCAUGACGACAUCGAAGCUCCGACGGGAGCCGGUUCCGCUAUAAUGCGUGGAGUAUUCCUCCACGUCCUCGCAGACACCCUGGGUUCCGUGGGUGUAAUAAUUUCUGCUAUUUUAAUGCAGAUGUUCGGCUGGAUGCGUGCUGAUCCCAUAUGUUCAAUGGCGAUAGCGCUGCUCAUAGCCGCGAGUGUGUUCCCGUUAGUGUUUGACUCCGGUGCUGUUCUUAUGCAACGGACUCCCGAGUCGCUCGAACGAGCCCUACCCAAUUUGUACACGAGAGUCGUCGGUCUUGCUGGAGUUCAUGCUGUACAGGAUCCACAUUUCUGGACCUUAUGUAGUGAUGUUCACGUUGGUGUUUUGAAGUUGGAAGUGGCGAAGGAGGUGGACCCACGGUACAUCACAGACCAGGCAGCCAGAAUCUUCAGAGAGGCUGGCGUCAAACAUCUAACAGUUCAACUGGACUACUCCCCGCUAUGA